AUGUUUCUUCAACAAUUACUUCUCCAUUCCGAACAAUAUCCAAAUCUUUUCUUGUUUGGAAAUUGCAAUAGCAAAUAUUAUGUUCAAUUCUUGUUGAAUAAGAUUGUGAAGAGAGUGAUAAGUGCUGCUUCUUUUAACCCAUUGGAAGAACACGAAUUGUUUUUGCAUUCGGAUGAACACAGUGAUGAUGAAAAUAAUAAUAAUAGCAAUGAGGCUUUGAGCACUAAAUUAUCAUCCAACAAACUCUCGGAAGAUGAUAUACUAAAAAGUCAAAAACAAGAAGAAAUUAGAUUGCUGUUUAUUGAUGGAGGAGAUUAUAAACAACAGAUUCCGAAAAAGCUUCAAUUUGAUUUGGAUCGAUGUAAUGCUCAACUACUGAAGAAAAAGAAGACUAAAGAAGGAGAUGACAGCGAAUCAGAGAAGGAAUGUGAAGAUAAAUUGAUGAUUCGCAUUGACGCAACAGAAUUUGAAAAGAUUAACGAUCUGUAUAAACACAUCACGACAAUAUUGUCAACAAUUUGGGCCUCUGAUAGCUCAAAGGAAGUAAGAAAAGGAAAGAAAGUACUUGUAGUUAUUAAUUCACUGAGCUCUCUUGGAGUUUGGUUUGGAGAGAGUCAAGCGUUUCAAUUCGUUCACAAACUUUUGCAAUUAUCAAUCACGGCAGAGAACAGAGCAAAGGUUUGUUCUGUGGUAAGCGUGGUACAUACAGAUACACAUUCUAGCUCGGUAGUGGAGCAAUACAAAUUGCAUGCUCAAGGAAUUGUUUCAUUAGUUGCAUCAGACGAUAUGGAUGAAGAAGAAACAUUCUAUUUCCCCGUAGCUACAGGUUCAAAAACGAAAAAACAAGGAGACGAGGAAUCUUCAUCAGCUCAAGAUGAAGAUGAGGUUGAAGAGAAAAUUCUGAACAUUGCUGCCGUAGAUUUUAGAUGUGACAUUUAUAGUUUAAGGCCUGGAGGCAAGCUCUUGUUUAAUGACGAAUAUUACAAAGUGAACCCAACAUCUGAAGACGAAGGAGCAAUUGUUCAUGUCAAACACCCAUUCAUUCCAAAGAGACAAAAGAAGAGCAAAUCCAAGGUUGAUAUAGAUGAGGAUGAUGAGGAAGAAAAGCCAAAGACUGUCCCAACAGAUUCUAUGAAUCCUGUAUCAUCAGGAGUUACAAUUAAGCGUAAGGUUGGAGAAAGGCGUCACAUUACCAUUGGAGGAGACUCAGAGACAGGUCAUGUACAUGGAGCAGGUUGUUCUCAUGAUCAUCAUCAUGACACAAGCUUCAAGAAGAAAACGACAGGAACAACGUUUUUGGAUACAUUCGAAGAAAGAGAGAAAGAAAAGCACAGACAAGAGAGAAUGGAUCGCCCCAUGUCAAAAGAAGAUAUUGAGCGACAAGUCACUUUCAAGAUUGGUCUUACCGAAAAGGAAAAGAGAGCUAGGGAAGCUCUUGAGCUGCCCUACACGAGGGACGGAUUAAUGAAUCAAUCGAACAAAACGCCACAGGAACAACGACAGCAAAAGCAAGGAUUUAUUAUUGUUGAUUCAGAUGAUGAAUAUGAGGCUGAAGAUCCAGAUGAUGAUCUGGAACUCUAA